AUGACAUCAUCACAUGUACAAGAGUGUGACAAUCCACUGAUUGACAACUUUGAUUUAUGUCACACAGCAUAUCACCACACAAGACCCUUUCACAAACAGAUUCAAAGAAUGGCGCACUUGUCGAUAUUGUGCAUUGUCAUGGUCUGUGUCCUCCUACCACAUCUCGUCGAAAUGAAGACUGAGAAGAAAUCUUGGAAACUCCCACUACAUAUUGAUGGAGAUGGAUCAUGGGGCAUCAAGCAUAGCGGAUUGACUAUUGGAGCGAAGGACAAGGGAAUUGUGAUAAUCAAAUCUGGUUAUUGUGUCACCGAAUUCGACUUAUCGAAACCGACUGCAGAGGAGUUGUCAGCGAAGAAGGGAUCUCGACAGGUCACCACUGUUUGUGACUUUCCUGAUUUGAAGAAGAGUGGUAAGAAGGUUGGAGCGAAGAAGGAUUCGAAGAAGCAGUAGGAUGGGAAGAAUACGAAGAAGGAGUAUGUGUGGUGUGUUGUUGUGUGUUUUGUGUAUUUCGCCAAUAAAUGUCAGUCAUUUU